GGGAGGGAAGUGCGGAGGGCGCCAUUUUGGCGGUACUGCGCCGCGAGCUGCGGGGAGCGGCGCUCGGCGCGGAGGCUGUCCCGGCGGCCUGUCCGUUAAGUUGAUUUUACAGAAUUUAUCAGGUCUUCCAAGCAGAAACAGGUGAUUUUUGCUGUGGGUUGAGCUCAGCAUGGCUGUAGUCAUCCGUUUGCAGGGGCUUCCUGUUGUUGCGGGUCCUGCAGAUAUCCGUCGUUUCUUCUUGGGAUUGAAUAUUCCCGAUGGAGGUGUGCAUAUUAUUGGAGGAGAAAUGGGGGAGGCUUUUAUUAUAUUUGCAACAGAUGAAGAUGCACGGCGUGCCAUGAGCUGUUCAGGAGGGUUUAUCAAGGACUCGCGCAUAGAGCUCUUUCUCAGCAGCAAGGCAGAAAUGCAGAAUACCAUAGAAAUGAGCCGGAAGCGAUUUGACCGUGGGGGACGAGAAGCUAUGCCUGGGUCUAGACGAACAGGUCCUAAUGGUUCUGGUGGAUCAGGUGUUGGAGAUGUUCCACAUUUAGUUGCAGCAUUUACAAAAGGAAUAAAUAAACCUGGUUAUGGACCACCAAAUCAUCCGGAGGCUGGCUUCCACACCAAUGGCACAAGACAAGGUGAUGUAGGUAUGCCUAAAUCAGGCUAUCAGUCAAGAAAGGAUUCUCAUGCAUUUAACCCUGAUGAUCUUUACUUAUUUCUACGUGGUAUACCUUACUCUGCAACGGAAGAUGCAGUACGCGAUUUCCUUUCUGGGAUACGUGUGGAUGGAGUAAUUCUGAUAAAGCAUCGUAAUGGUUUAAACAAUGGUAAUUGCUUGGUAAAAUUUGCUACGCCCGGUGAUGCCUUAGAAGGACUUAAACGGCACAGGCAGUAUAUGGGUCAGAGGUUUAUAGAAAUAAGUCCAACUACGGAGGAACGGUGGAUUGAAUAUGGUGGGAGGGUAGACAUGCCAAAUGAAAUGGAUCACUUUUUAUGCAAAGAACAUUCUCCAAGAAGUUCGGGCUACAUGCAUGCAAGGAAACAUUCUCAUUCAAGAUCACCAAGGAGACAAAGAACGCGUUCUCAGUCACCUUCCGGCCAGGAAUAUUACAUACACUUAAGGAAUCUAUCAACUAAUGUGGAGAAGAGAGAUUUGAGAGAAUUUUUCCCUGAUCUGGAUAUAAGCAACAAACAAAUAAAGAUUUUAUCGGAAAAGCAUCAGAGGAGGACUAGAGAUGCCUUUGUGAUGUUAAAGAACGAGAGAGAUUAUCAGGCUGCUUUGGAAUGUCAUAGAAAGGUUCUUCUCAAUCGUUCUGUUUACAUUUUUCCCAUUUCAAGAAAGUCAAUGUUGAAAAUGCUUGAUUCUUAUGAGAGGAAAAGAUCGCAGGAAAGAGGUCAUCCUGGGCAGGCCAUAACAGAAAAAAGUUAUCGGGAAGGUCAUUCUGGCCUGAAGAUGUGUGCUUAUGUAAGGAAUUUUCCAUUUGAUGUGACCAAAGUUGAAGUGCAAAGGUUUUUUGAGAGGUUUGAUAUUGAUGAAGAUGAUAUUUACUUGCUCUAUGAUGACAAAGGAGUUGGGCUGGGAGAAGCACUAGUGAAGUUUAAAUCUGAAGAACAAGCCAUGAAAGCAGAAAAUUUAAAUCAUCAACGGUUUUUGGGAACAGAGGUACUACUAAGACUUAUAUCUGAAGAGCAGAUGCAGAAGUUUGGUGUAACUGCUCCGUUCUCUACACCCAAUGAAAUGCAGGGUCAUUCACAUGCGUAUAACAGAGGUGAGCUGUCCCGUCCGGUCGGCUCACCUGGACCACCACAAGGGCCGCCCAUGCAUUCAUUUGGUCCCCCUGGGAACUUCAGGCAUCCUUCUGAAUUUAGGCACCCCCCUGAGAAUUUCAUGGGCCCUCCUAAGGAUUUUAGAGGUCCACCACCCCUCAUGGAUUUUGGUGGGGACAGCAAACCUUUUGGCAGAAUGGAGUUUGGGAAUAACAAAAUGGGAAAUUUUCCUGAAGGAAGAUUUAUGCCGGACCCAAAUUUCAGUGGUGGUUCUGACCGUAUUGUUCCUAUCCGCUUGAAAAACUUACCUUUUAAAGCGACUCCUAAUGAGAUUCUGGAUUUUUUCUAUGGCUACAGAGUUAUACCAGAGUCAGUUUCUGUACAGUACAAUGAACAAGGAUUACCUUCAGGUGACGCCAUCGUCGCUAUGACAAACUAUGAGGAAGCUAUGACUGCUAUUAAUGAAUUGAACGAUAGGCCAAUUGGUCCACGGAAAGUUAAGUUGAGUUUGCUGUAAAGGAAGUAAAGAUGCUUUAGUGCAAAACAUUAUAGAUUUGACAGUAUUGACGGUUACAUUCACUUUUUUAAUUCCUAGAAGAUGCAGAAGAAACGGUUUCCAUCAACGGUUGUAAAUAGUACCUGGUGCGGUUAAGUUCCUGGUUGAAAUAUCUGUAUUGUUAAGAUAUGAGAAAUAUAUAGUGCCUACUUCUUACAACAGAGAAGAGCUUCAGAGUUCUGGAGGACGCUCAGUAUCUUACGUCGAGGUAUAAAAGCAUGGAGUUUUAAGGCUUUCUUUAAGGAAAAAAAAUGUUGGGUUGUUCUGUUUAUUUUUUUUUUUAGUUUGCUUCAAUUCCUUGUCCCUGACUUUGCAUCAGAUAAAAUUGUAAGUGUUGGUUGAUUGACCAUGCACAGUUCAAAUAGAAAAACUUUAGUGCUACCUGCAUUAGUAAUAACAGUUCUUAUUGAGGUUAGCUUAAUAAAACUAAAAAAUGACUGUUUUUUUUUUUUCCUUUGUAUAAGCUGUUCGGUUUUACGUGGUUGCAGGCAUCACUAUUAGAAGAAAAAAGAUCUUCCUGUUCACAUUAGCUGGCAUUGCUGGCUCUUCAACUUUUUUAAAUAAAAAAGAAAUUGCUAUUAA